GCCUCGUGACUUAGCAGCUACACUUACUCUCAAAUGACCAUCCCCACUGCUGACGAUGGUCGUCUGCUCGUCCAGAUAGGCUCAUACAACACUAACCUCCAGGGAGGAGCUGGCUUACCUCAGAACCUUGUCGACUGGCUCGCGCCGACGCUACAGGUGUCCAGCUUCCUCGCUCGUGGUACUCAUGCUCCCGACAUUGUCGCCAUCGGCUUUCAGGAGCUCCUGCCCCUUCACCUUGGCCUGUCGGGGCUCUCUAAAUCUAUCAUCAGCGAGCGAGACAAACACAUUCGCUCCCAGAUCGAGGCUCAUGCGCCAGGCAAGGAGCAGUACUCUCUCGUGGCACGUAUUGUCAAUGUCGGUGUCGCCCUCCUCGUCUACGCCCGUGAUAGCGGGGCUGCUCGCUCCAUAACCGACGUUCAGACCCAGUGGACCGGCUGUGGUCCUGGUUUUAUGGGCAACAAGGGUGCCGUUGGAAUUCGAUUUCGCGCCUCAAGGAGUGGCGACGAUCCCGGCGAGGUCUUCACGUUUGUUUGUGCCCACCUUAAUGCACAUGAAUACAACCUCGACCGUCGGAUAGCGGACUGGAACCACAUCGUUGCAUCCCUCCUCUUCCCUCCGCUUCCUGGCUCUGCCGAGUCGGCGGGCCCUACGACACUGUAUACAACCUCGCAUCUCUUCUUCCUCGGCGAUCUCAAUUUCCGUGUUGUGGUCCCACCGGACCAGCGAGCGCCCGGCGAGUCUCAGCCAGCGUACACACUUCGGAUGCUCGAUGACGAGCCGGAUCGGGAGCGCCUCAAAGAGUACGACCAGCUUCUGAAUGCACGGCGCGCAGGCCGUGUUUUCGUCGGCCUUCGUGAGGGCGCAUUUUGGACUUUCAAAUGCACGUAUAAGUACAAGCUCGGUGAAGUGGAAAAAUACAGCGACAAACGAACUGCAUCGUGGACGGACCGUGUACUAUAUGCGACGUACCUCGACUCACCAGAUACGCCCGAGAAAUCUGCGAUAACCAACGUUCUUUACACCUCUAUCCCAUCGUAUACCACCUCUGAUCACAAGCCCAUUGUCUGCCUCCUACUUCUCCCUCCACCUGUCGCCGCCGAAUCAUCGGCCAUUAAUGCCACAGUGCCCACCUUGAAGCUACCCACAGAGUAUUCGCCAUGUCCGGAUCCUCACGCCGCCCUCAAGCGGUACACCGGCCGAACGCUAGAUCGUAUCAUUGGUUUCGCCUGGUGGGCACUCACACUCAUCGGCGUGGGCAAUGCCGCCGUUGGCGUCUUCAACUUUAUGCUCGGUCUCGCAGCAUGGAAGUGGUGGCCUCGGGCGCCAGUCUCAGCUGUGUCUGCAUAGUAUCUCCCUAGUGUUCGCUUCCACAAUCCUUCCUGUUUGCUUCCUAUUUACUUUCUAUUUACGUCAUUUAUUUACCCUUCUCCCAUGGAACUGAAGCCAACACCAAGAUCUCGAGGUGAAAGUCUGGUCAGGUCGAUCUGCAUUUCUUGUACAUGUGCAAGAUGUAUCUAC